UCAAAGGAAUUCCUCCACUCUUGAAGUUAUUCCUUCAGCUGUACAAGAUGUUGAUGAUAUUGGCACUGUUUGUAGUAUCUGUUGGCGUAAUGGGCCAGGAUUGUGACUACGCGGGGACCCUUCAUAAGACCGGAGAAAGCUUCCCUUCCACUGACGGAUGUAACAACUGCUUUUGCUCCAAUGGCGCGGUGGCGUGCACGCUGAAAUUCUGUCUUCCGAUAAAUAACGGUAAUUGUACAUACGGAGGUGCGUCUUACCAGGCGGGAGAAAGUUUCAAAGCACAGGACGGGUGUAACACGUGCAGUUGCAACUCGUUCGGGAGGGUCAUGUGCACGGAGAUGGCCUGUCUUCCAUUGGUCACCCCACCGCCUUAAAUUCGGGGUCGUUCUGAAAGUGUGAUGUUCUUGUUUUGCGCUUAUCUUGGCACUUAAAAUAUUUGAAGUCA